AGGCGAUCGUGCAAUCCAGAUAAUGAAUUCGAAUGCGUAUCAGACGCAACCUCAUCGAGCUCUUUACAUUCCGCGUCGUCGUUGAUCUCGUCAAUUUAUUCGUCGAGAAUCAAGAACAAUCCGGCCAGAUGCAUACCGCGAUCGUGGGUUUGUGACGGCGAUUUGGAUUGUCGUGAUGGGUCGGACGAGAAAGGAUGUGGCGAUAUAAAAUGUGAGAAUGAUCAGUUCAAAUGCAAAGAAUGGAAGGGUCACGCGGCAAUGUGCAUUCCGAUCUCGUGGAAAUGCGAUGGUCAGAACGAUUGCGUGGAUAUGUCUGACGAAGCGGGUUGUACCAGGGACAAAUUGUGCGAGGAAAAUCAGUUCAAGUAA